AUUCUAAAUCUAAACUGCUUACUAGGGUUUUUCAUCUUCAUCUUCAUCCAUUCAUUCGGAAAAUCUUCAGAGAAGAACGAUGUUUCCAUCAAUGUUCGCUCGGAAGCCUGAUAAGGCGGCGGCGCUGAAGAAAAUGAAGAUUCACGUCGCCACGUUUGGUGUUUGGGUAGCUGUUGUCCGACUCACGCCGUACGUUCUCCAUUACUUCUCUGAUCACAACGAAGAACUUAAGCUUGAGCUCUAAUCAUCUUCUUAGUUGAAUCUGGUAAUCAAAGAGUCUAUAUUACUCUUUUCUUUCGAUUAUGUUGUCGUUUUAGGGUUUGAUAGACACUGGAAUUGAAGUUUGCGUGUUUCGUUUACUUUAUGAUCUAUAUACAUCAUAGAGUGGAAUCAGUAUCUCGUUCAUGAAUAUGUGUAACUUUGAACAAUUUUGGCUUGUUUUCUCUUGCCAAUCAAUUUGAAUGCUGUGAAAUUUAUUUUUU